CUAGUCAUUCAUUAUUUCUUCAUUCUUUCCAUCAAUACAGUACACUAGAUUUCCGAUAUUGUUUUGUGCAGAUUUCCUACUUGGUUUAUUAACUACUACAUUCAUUCAUUCAUUCAUUGGACGGCUAUCCUGCGAUGCAUCAAUAGACAUUUACCACGAUCACGACCAACCACUACCACAACCACAACUAAACUAAACAACAUCAUAAUGUCCACCAUGUUAACCCGACCUACGGCCAUCCUCAUCUUCUCCCUCGUCUUCCUAAACCUCUACCUCUUCCACCGACUCAUCCGCCAACCCGUCGUACCACUCUCAUCCACCAUCGUACCAACCCCAAGUCCAGCGGCAGCAGAGAUACAAGAAAUACACCUACCACCACAACAACCACCCCCAAUAACCACCACCACCGAAGACCCAACAACCCUAUUCCCAACCACCACCCUCGCAACAAUCACCACCCACACCACCACAUCCACAUCCACAUCCACAACAACCCACCCUCCCAAAACCCACACGCACACCCACCCCCAACCAACCAGCCACUCCAUCCCCCACAAACUGUGGCAAAAAACCGGCACAAAAGGCCUCACCACGCAAGCCGAAUCCUGGAUCUCAACCUGGACAACCCUAAACCCACACCUACGGCACGAAAUCCUCACCGAAACAUCCAGCCUCGCGUACGUGGAAACGAACUUCCGCCCCAUCUGGCCCGAAAUCGCCGACCUAUACACCUCCCUCUCGGUGCCCAUCCUCCGCGCCGACCUCCUGAGACUCCUAAUCCUCUACAUCGACGGCGGGAUCUGGUCCGACCUGGACGUAUCCUGCGAAGUGCCUAUAUCGCAAUGGCCGAUCCCGCCGACGGCGAACGUGGUCGUGGGGAUCGAGUUCGACGGAUGGCAGUUCGCGUCGUGGACGGUGAUGUCUACACCCGGGAAUGGACAUAUAUAUCAUGCGAUUGAGUAUGUAGCGGGAAGGUUGGAGGGGCUUGCGAGGGAGAAUAAUGUCACUGUGGGCGAGGUGACGAUGGAGAUGAUUCCGGAUGUGGUGGAUGUGACGGGGCCGCAGGCUAUUACUGUUGCGUUAUUGGAGACGAUUAGUGAGGAGGUGGGACGCGGGGUGGGUAAGGAGGAGAUUGAGGGGAUUGGGGAAGGCGGGGUGUUGCUCGGGGAUGUGCUUGUGUUGCCGCAGGCGAGCUUUGCGGCGUUGCAGGGCGGGAUGCCGCAGGGGCAGGGGGAGUAUUUUGUUAGUCAUCAUUAUGCGGGGAGUUGGAAGAAUGAGGUUGGUGGGGAGGAGGGGGUUAAAGAGGAUGAUGAGGAGGAGCAGGAUGGGGAGGAGGAGGUGGUGAUUGUUGUGGAGGACGGAGAUGAAGGUGCGGAUGGGGAGGGUGAUGGGGGGAAGGAGGAAGGGAUUAGGGUAUGGUAUUCUAUGCUGUGCAUAAUGAGUAUUAUUGGCAAUGUUCAUGUCUCACACGUGGCACUCCUUACUGUCACUUAUGCAAGUCACCUGUUUGGCAUAAACUCGGCAGCUCACUCGUCUGCUGUUGCCAACAUCAUACCCAGGGUUAUUAUGGCUGAUGUAUCGGUCUCUAUAGUAAUCACAUCUUCGAUGAUAGGAAUCUCAUGCUGA